UGCCACGUCGUGUUUCAGUGCGCCCAAACGCGAAGCUACAAAAAUUUUCGAAUCGCGCAAAAUUAUUAUUUUCGAAUUAAGUUGCCCAAGCAGCUCAAUUUGGUUUACGUAAUAAGCAAAACAACGCUGUGUAUUUUAAGCGGUUGCUGCAGCAGUUUUAAGGGUCGCCAUGCAGGUCUUUGAUAACAAUAUGCGACGCGCCUCCAGACGCGCCUCAUUGCGACGCGGCUCGAUAUCGGCGCUGCCACAAAAGUCGGCAGAAAUUCCCUGGGACAUACUGGAGCGUUUGUUCAUGCCCUGUCUCUUCUGCCAGGCGGCGGCCAUCAUUAGUUCGCAUCUGCUGCAUGCGCUAAACAUUUCAAGCAUCUCCACAUUUGCGGUCUUUGUGUGGUUUGCGUUGUCCACCGUGGGUGCUGUGCUAUUCUAUCACUUCGUAAAAGUAUCGGCGUCGGGCAAGGGCGUGCUCGUCACCGGCUGUGACUCGCCGUUGGCCUGGUAUUUGGCCAAAAAACUGGAUGAUCUGGGCUUUACUGUCUAUGCGGGCUUUAAUGCGCCUAUCGAUGACUCUGACGAGGCCAAAAUACUCAAGGAGGAGACCUCGGGACGCAUGAAGCUGCUGCAUCUGGACAUUACCUCGGAAAAAAGCCUUUUGGAGGCGGCUCGCUAUGUGCAAACGCAUUUGCCCCAUGGCGCUGAGGGCUUGUGGGCUUUGGUACAUGGCGCCAACUGGAUAGCGCUCGGCGAGCUCGAGUGGAUUCCAUUCGCAGUUCUGCGCAAGAGCUUGGAUCGCAAUCUACUCGGCGCUGCUCGCUUGACGCAAAUCUUUUUGCCUUUGGUGCGUCGCGCUCAUGGCCGUGUGGUCUUCCUAACCUCUGGACUCAAUCGCGUGCCAUCGCCAGUGCGUGGCAUCCAAUGCGCCACACAGGCGGCUGUGGACUGCUUUGCUGCUUGUCUGCGUCAGGAGAUGAGGACACGUGGCGUGGAUGUAUCGGUGGUGGCAGCAGGCGAAUUCGCACCUGGCAAUGGCUGGCUGAACGAGACGGAGCUGCGCGAGCAGGCCAAGCAAAUGUGGAAUCAACUAUCCUCGGAACAGAAGAAAGCUUAUGGCGAGGACUACUAUGAGGCGGCCAUGACAUCCGUGGAGAAGUACUCACGCCAGGCUGCUGACAUUCAGCCCACGUUGCGCGUGCUCAUUGAUGCCGUGACCAGAACCUUCCCCAUGGCUCGCUACACACCCGUCACUGCCACCGAGAAGCUGCAGAUUUUCCUCGCCGAGCAUCUGGCCCCAUCACUCUACGAGUCCAUCUAUGGCGAGCAAAAGAAAUUCGUCUACUAAGCCGGCAACCUGCAACUUCCACAGGAUA